AUGGGGAGAAACCAGGCUUUCUUGCAGGACUUGAAUGACAAGCCAAAGCUGAUUCUCAAAGAACCUUAUAUCCUAGGUCUUCUUGAGCUCUCCUUGGGAAAAUUCAGAAAUGUGCUACUUAACCAGACCAAUCCAGUGGAAGCUGUAAUCAGGAACAUUGCAAGCAAUGUGACUGUCAUCAUUUUUCAAGUACAUGCCCAGCGAAGUGAUGUGGUGAUAUCCUUUGAUAAGAAUCCAUCUGUGAAUAGCUCGGGAACUGGAGUAGACAAAGGACUGGUUUCCAUCCUUCGGCCUCAACAGAGCGUGUGUACAUGGUACCUUCGGUCACUGGAUGCUAGCCAGGUGUUCAGCACGGCUAUUUCUAUUCCCUAUAUGGAGAAAGAUCCUAUUCCUGGAGGCUGCAAUCUAGAAUUUGACUUGGAAGUGGAUCCAAAUAUUUACCUAGACUAUACAUUGGUUGAUAUACACAUCAAGUUUGCCCCUGCAAACUUGGGAUAUACCAGAGGAGCAAACCCACCAUCCUGUGAUUCGGGGACUGGUCAGAACUCCAGAUGGCGACUGCGUUAUGAUGUCUACCAGUACUUCUUACCAGAGAACGAUCUUUCUGAAAUGGUACUCAUGAGCCACAUACGGAAGAUGUCUGAGGUGCAAAGUAUCAAAGCUAAUGGCAUUAAAAUGCUUACGCUGACAACUGAUGACAAGACCAAUGUCUACUUUUCCUCACUUCCUGGACAAGGUGUGAUCUACAAUGUCAUAGUAUGGGAUCCUCUUUGGAAUACUUCUGCUGCAUACAUACCUGUGCAUACAUAUGCCUGCAGCUUUGCUGACCUGGUGGAUAACUGCUCUUCUCUCAGCAAGCUCUCUACCAAAGUAUUCUUCACUGCUCUUGCUUUUCUUGGUCUCUUCACUUGCUUUUUUGGACACAGAUUCUGGAAAACAGACUUAUUCUUCAUGGGCUUCAUAUUCGCAGGAUUCUUCUUCUUUGUAUUUAUUACAAGGGUAACUGGCCUUGGUUAUGAUGUGCGUCUUAUUUUGACAGCAGUAGCUGGAAUUAUUGGAGGGCUUUUCCUGGUUGCAAGCUGGUGGAGAUUUGGCUCUGUCCUACUCUGUAUGUUUAUUAUUGGACUUGUCCUGGGAUUUCUCUUUUCAUCGACAGUCUUCUUUACUCCACUAGGAGACUACAGGGUCUUCCGUGAUGAUGUCGUGUUCUGGGUGACCUUUUCUUCUGUAGCCUUAAUGAUUCCAGUGCUUUUUGUUGGCUGUCCAAGAAUUCUGAACAUACUGGCCUCUGGAAUAGUAGGCUCUUACGCAGUGAUCCUAGCUAUUGCUUGCUAUGUCUACACAAGUCUUGCUUACAUCACCUUAGACCUACUCAGAAGGGUUCUCAAUGAUUACUUCAGCAGAGCUUACACCAAUGUGCCUUUUCAAACAAAUGACUUCAUUAUCCUGUCAGUGUGGACAAUGCUGGCCCUUAGUGGAGUAACUGUGCAACUUCGCCGAGAGAGAAGUGAAGUGCCCUUCCCACCGCACCCCUAUCUUGCCUGGAAGCGGGAAAGGGAGCGCAGAAGCACCAAUGUCUUAGACCCUAGCCAUCAUAUCCCUCCCUUAAGAGAGAGGAUCCAUAACAAGCUACUGCAUAUCAAAGAGCUUUUUCAGAAAGAGCAGCCUGCUGGGGAAAGAACUCCGUUGCUUCUGUAACCUGCCAAAUAACUGGUGGGAACAGAGAGGAAUGGUGAGACGAGUGAUCCAGCAAACCAGCCAGUGGUGCAGGAUUUACUGCUGCCAAUAUGUCCCGCUUAGUAAGAGGAACAUAGUUGCUCAACGUGGAAGAAAAGUUAUCUGUGUGGUACACUACAUGCUGGUUUGUGACUCUUUCAUCAAUGGCCCACUCAGCCUGCUGUAACAUGCGUAUGCCUAGCUGCAGAAUCUUGUACUAAUGGUCAAGUACAGGUAUUUACCUUGUGGUGAUCUAGUUUGAUGUUUAGGUAUGUGAAGUAUAAAACAACCCUUAGAAAGCAACCUGUACUAUGCCGGUUCUUCCCUCGCAGUGUGGAAACCACUGCUGAAGUAUCGCCUGACUCGCUCCUGAAGGGGAGUGGUCUGUCAGAUUGCGAGGGAUGAGAGAUAAGGAUGGUACACAGAAGGCAUUCUUCUGGCAGGAACUGAAAUAUCACCUUCUAAUAUAGGUGCAAAACGUGUGGCUGCAAGACACAAUUGUUUCCAAGAAGUAUUACUGAACCUUGCAAGCUAAACUAAGUGGCUUGAAUUUAACUGCACUGAAUUAACUGUUUGUAAGUGUGCACACUGGGGACUCGGGAAGCAGACCUGAUCUGAGACAAGAAGACUUUCUUCCUUGCUUUUGGAUUGUUCUGUAGCAAGCUGGUCAUCUGGUCUCUGUGCAGAGAUGACUGCUAAGAGAACACAAGAGCACAUCUUAAUACACAGGAGCUAAACAAUUUUGUUUAAAUUAGUCCACUCUGCUGUCAUCAGUAUGAAGUUCAACUGCAUCGCAAAUGAAAGAAAAAAGUGGGAUGGGCAAAAGGUGAGGCUGACUGUGACCUACACCCCUACCAGGUAUGUGCAUGUGAUACAGAGCAGCGCUCUGCUGCGCACGGGUCUCCCAGCACGCUGCAGUAUCCUGGUGGAAGGGUAAGCCUAGCAAGAGGCCCUCUGCUGACAUUAUACAGAAAUCUACUUUUCUGCUCUUUAAACAGUAACAGCAGGCAUUUGUUCGUUGGUGCUGGUUUGGGGAUAUGGGCGGGAGAGUGUACAGAUUCUUCUAGAGCAAUAAUGAGAUGGUUUUGUUUGCACACACGAAGUUAAAUGGAAUUCCUCUGAGACAACGCCUUCUGUGACAAUUGUGCAGACAGCUGGCAGCUCUUGCACACCUACAGCUGAACAGUGUUCCCACUGCAUCUUGUUGCUGCUGCUUUUUUUUUUUUUUUUUUGGACUCCAGUGGCCAUGUGUAGCUUGAUGCUGCUUCCAGAACUUGUGUUGCCCACAGCACAAUGUUGAAAAGGCUGGUGAAAAAGUUGCCUAAUGUUAAACCUUACUCCUCUGCCAUGUUCCUUCACUUCUAACUUAAGCUUUCUUUUGCUUUCCUCUCUCAUCUUCCCACUGUCACUGUAUACAACCUGUCACACUGUGACCAGCCCUACGGUGUUCUGUUAGCUAGUUUGACCACCUGUCAUCUCAGACAUCAGCAUCUGCAGAAAGAACAAGUACAUGUUUUACACUCAAAUAGGAGAAUUGGAAAUUCUUUUAAUCAGCAAAAGUGCUUCUAAAGCUUAAUGUUUACCAACCAAAAAUGAACACUUCCUAAGUUAAUGUAAAUCUUAUUUUGGGUACCCACAAAGGGAUCCUAGUAAAUGUAAUUCUGCGUGAAAACAGGGCUAUUACUUCUGGAUUUUAACAUAAUCUUCUAAUCCAAUGUAUUUGUUAAAAAGCCAAAGCUAUUUAAAGCUUUUAGUUGUACAGAACAGCCCAACUUAGUUUCAAGCUGCCCUUCAGUCUUGCCUUGGUUGACUAGCUGCUGCAUGUAUUUAUGACUUAGUUUGACGUUAAUUACCUGUCUUUAAACACAGAAUUUAUGAUACUGAAAAAAACGUUUCUCUUCUGAGAAAUCAUGGGGAAGUGGAGAAAACACUGUUGUCAUCUUAUGAAUUUUAUCCACUGACAUGCUCAUUUACACAUUGCAGAGAAAGGAACCCAGAGCUCGAACCAACUUGGAGUGGCUUUUUUUUUAAUCUUCAGGAAGAAAACACAACUGGCACACCCUCUAUCUUUUGAUCCAAAAAUCAAAGUCCUGUGGACUGCUUUUUGUUUAUCCUUACUGCUCCUCUGUUUUGGUAAACUGUUUUCCAAGAGAAAAUGAAGAUUUUUACAGAGGAUUUUUUCUUUUGCUAUAUAGCAAUAUGAAUAAAAGUGCUAGGAAUGGGCCGGCCUGCCUUAAAGUAUAAAAAUAAG